AUGGGAGUCCGCAAAGGCUGCUAUAACUGCAAUAAGCGGCGAAUAAUCUGUGACGAGACAGAACCCCAUUGUGCGAAGUGCACCAAAAAGGGACUCGAUUGCUCUGGCAUUGGUAUUCGAUACCGCUUCAACGAUGGUAUCGCUUCCCGCGGUAAAUUGAGAGGCCUAUCCAUCCCAGUAGGCCAGUCUUCAAGUUCGAGAUCGAAUGCCGCCAAGCCGCUGUCAGUUGGAGGCAAUCGUUCCGCUGCCAUCACGAAUCUUCAGGCGAAACCUCCGGUGGCGAAUACGGUAACCAGGCUAUCGUUUUCUUACUCGUUAGAUUCAUUCGAGAGUAACGAAGAGACGCCUGAGUAUGCUUCCAACAUUUAUCCCUGCUUGCAGCCCAUUAGUGGUCAAUCGAGGUUUUUGCUGAACCAUUUCUCGGAAAAUAUUGCCCGAGGCAUGGUGAUUCUUGACGGACAGUACAACGGGUAUCGGAACGUAAUCAUACCACUUGCCGUCACCGAACCACUCGUGGAAAGCGCAGUUUCCUCGGUUGCUGCUUCUCAUCUUUGGCGGGGGAAUGAAAAACUGCGCACGGCGGCAGAUCGCGAUCGCGUAAGAGUGAUUCAAUCACUGAAGAAGGCGUCUUUGAAUCCUCGGGCCGGUGCAGUAUUCAGUGUCUCCAACUGGGCCAUCUUGCUUGUUCUUCUUGUCGGCGAGCUGAUCACUGGACGCGAUGAUUACAUUUAUCUUCUCCGACUAUUACGAUCUAUCCAAUCUUAUGGUGUCUAUGAUGCUAGCAGAGAAACACUUCAGUUCUUUCACACCCAGACAGAUAUACUCAUGCUUUUGGCUCAGCCAUUCUUGGACUUGUCCUCCGAUUUCCCUGCAAUGAAUUCCGAGGCGGCUCUGGAGACACAGCUCAGAUCGAUAUGUGCAUCACUACAGCACGUGUCAGACUCACAAGAUGUCUAUAUCACCAGUACUGUCAUCGAAGCUGUCCGGCGUAGCUACCAAAUCUAUUUGAAUCGUGCAUUUCUCGGCGGCAAAAGCGAUUCAAUGGCUCUGGACUACCUCCAACAUCUUGUCUCGCCCAUAUCACCAAAUGUACCUGGUGGCCACGCACUGGUCUGGGUGUACUUUAUCGCUGCGGCGGAGAGCGAGCUCCCAGAGCACAGGGCCUUUUUUACAGGGAGGCUCAAUGAUAUAUAUGUUGCGACAGGGUGUGAGAAUAUCACAGCUGGUCUUUCAAUCCUUGAACAGAUGUGGGACAGUCAGACAGGCUCAGGGUGGCCGUGGGCCCUGCGCACGAAUCCCUCGACCUUCAUCAUGUAA